AUGAAGAACACGUGCAGUAUUUCAUGGGGCUAUGCAGAUAUGGCUGUGACUUCUGUCAUGGUGACACAGACUAAGUUGUUGAGAAUUAAACUGCUACCAAUGAUAGGCCAGGAGGAUGCAAAGCAACCAAUGAUAGGUCAGGAGGAUGCAAAGCUACCAAUGAUAGGUCCGGAGGAUGAAAAGCUACCAAUGAUAGGUCAGGAGGAUGCAAAGCUACCAAUGAUAGGUCAGGAGGAUGCAAAGCUACCAAUGAUAGGUCAGGAGGAUGCAAAGCUAUCAAUGAUAGGCCAGGAGGAUGCAAAGCUACCAAUGAUAGGCCAGGAGGAUGCAAAGCUACCAAUGAUAGGCCUGGAUGAUGCAAAGCUACCAAUGAUAGGCCAGGAGGAUGCAAAGCUACCAAUGAUAGGUCAGGAGGAUACAAAGCUACCAAUGAUAGGCCUGGAGGAUGCAAAGCUACCGAUUAUAGGUCAGGAGGAUGCAAAGCUACAAUGA